CGAAAUUUAAUCCAUCAUGAUAAAGGUAACUAGAAUCAAUUUUAGUUGGAGUUUUUCUUGAUGACGUUAUCAACAAAUCUAGAAGAUAAUAUAGUUGAGGUCGAAAUACACGUUUAUAUUGUUCUCACGCUAUUAUGCCUAAUUGUGAUAGUUUCCGCCAACAAACAAUAUCAUCAAGGUGGUCACCCAAGAUACCGAUUCAACUAUAGAGUGGUAAGUGGCAAAACUGGUGACAACAAAGGACAUUGGGAACACCGGAAUGGCGAUCUGGUUGUCGGAGCGUACAUGCUGCGAGAGCCGGACGGCACCCAUCGGGAGGUGAAAUACCGAUCAAGCAGGGGUAUAGGAUUCCAAGCCCAGGUCAACCGCAAAGGCAUUGCCAAACAUCCUGCUCAUGGAAAAAGUUAUGCGAACAUUCGACAAAAGUACUGAUUGAAUAAAUAGAGAUUGAUAUAACCGGUA